GUGGGGAGAUUUUUUUCAGACAAUCACAGUAUUGAAUAUCCAUCGACCCUAACGCAUGGAUGCAAGCAAGAUUAAAAUGUGAAGGUAUACAUAAAAGCGUUCUCCGAUCAGAGAAUGGUAGUCAGUCGGCUCAAUAAGUCACUUUAAAUCUGGACUCCCUGAAGAGAACCUCCGACAACGUCGUUUAAUUUGUUAAGUCUUAGUCAUCAAUUGGCAAAUCAAUCAGUCUUACAGGAUUCAACUUUAAAUUUCACAUUAAAAAAGAUUGAAUAAUGGAACCAACAAUACCAGAAUGGUUCCGAGAUAGAAAUGUUUUGGUGACAGGUGCCACGGGAUUUGUGGGGAAAGUUUUAGUAGCCAAAUUACUUCUCACUUGUCAGGAAAUUGGAAAUAUUUAUAUUUUGAUACGAGAAAAAAAGGAUGUCAGUCCUCAGAAUAGACUAAAACAUCUUUUACAGCAAGAACCAUUUAGAAUAUUGUCAGAGAAUAAUCCUGAGAGACUGAAAAAAAUUGUUGUCAUUAAUGGUGAUACAACAAUUGAAGGACUUGGAUUAUCGCUUACAGAUAAAAAUCGUUUAAUCGAAGAUACCUCGGUAGUUUUUCAUAUGGCUGCAAAUGUUAGAUUUGAUCUUUCAUUAAAAACUGCUAUUAAUUUAAAUACAAGAGGAACGGCUAAUGUUUUGUCAGUUAUAAAGCAGUUUAAAAAAUUAAAAUCAUUUAUUCAUGUAUCAACUGCAUAUUGUCAAUGUGGAGAAGAAAUUUUAGAAGAACGUGCUUAUCCAACGCCAAUUUUACCAGAAAAAAUGUUCACUCUUAUUGAUACAAUGAAUGAUAAUAUUUUAGAAGCAUUGACACCAAAAUUAUUGGGUGAUCAACCAAAUACAUAUGCCUUUAGUAAGGCAUUGAGCGAAGCUGUUGUGUCAAAAUCUGGCAUACCUACAGGCGUUGCUCGACCCUCGAUCGUGACUGCAUCUUGGAAGGAACCAGCUCCAGGCUGGGUUGAUAAUAUGAAUGGACCAACUGGUUUAAUGAUAGGAGCUGGCAAAGGUGUAAUUCGUUCGAUGCUCUGCAAUCCCGACUAUCUCACCGAUAUUAUACCUUGUGAUCUUGUGGUUAAUGCCACAAUUACACUCUCAUGGAAAGUUGGCAUUGAACAACCAACUGAACCAAUUUUCAUGAAUGUUACUGAAAGUGGAAAAAAUCCAAUUUCCUGGAGGUACGCGCUCGACAGUGGCAGAAAACACGCUCUCGAAAAUCCAUUUUCAGGACCUUUGUGGUAUCCUGGAGGUGGAUUCACAACUUCGAAAAUUGUUCAUUGGUUCUCUGUAUUAUUUCUUCAUAUUAUCCCGGCUUAUUUAUUGGACACAUUAUUAUAUGUCACUGGGAAUAAACCAUUUCUUGUAAAAAUUCAAAAUCGAGUUACAACGGGUCUCGAUUUACUGCAAUAUUAUACGACGAAGCAAUGGAAUUUUCGAAAUGACACGAUGAAAAAUUUGGAGAACAGUUUAUGUACAUCUGACAGAGAAACGUUUUUUAUGAAUACCAAGGCUAUUUGUUGGAAUGAAUACAUAUUAGAUUAUAUAUUGGGUACUAGAAAGUAUUGUUUAAAAGAUGAUCCUUCAACUUUGCCACGUGCAAGACGUGUUUUUGCAUUUUUAUAUGUUGCAGACUUGUGUCUUAGGAUAAUAUUUGGAAUUUUAAUUGCUUGGUUCAUUUAUUCUUGGAUGGUGCCAUUUAAAACUUUAAUGGAAGUCAGAGAAAUUUGAAUUGUUUAAAAACUUUUUGAAAAAUUUCCUUUUUUUAUCAUCUUAAUUUAUGACUAAAUUAUUUUUUUUAUGGCAAAAUUAAUUAAUAUAAAUAAAAAAAAAAAUGUUUUGACAAAAAUGUAAUAAAAUAAUUUCUAGUUAAAAACAUUAGUAAAAUUGGAUUAAAAUUAGAAAAAAAUGUGAAUGUUAAAAAGUAACUAAUUAGUGUUAUUAGCUUUGUUGAUUAAUAAUUAUUAAAACGAAAAUUUA